AUGCCGACAAGUUGGUUUUUCUGCACCAACGAGGCAGAUAUGAGGCCUCUCGCAUCUCAAUGUUCUUGCUUGCAUCGCCAUGUCUCAGAUGCUGUGCUCGGCGGGGUAUCUUAUCCCCCGAAGUUGGCUUUCGCCAUCAUCCAAAUCUUUUGUGAAGCUUGUUCAUGUGAUGGGCAGUUGGUGCAGCUCCGCGACUUGCCAUUAACCAAGAGCGGCGCAGCGCUCAAGCCGGUUCACACUUGUGAUGGUGCAGGUGUGCACAGCACAGCGGACUGGACUGCCACUGACAAGCCGGAUCUGUUUCUGGAUCUGCGGGAUCGUAUUUGGCAUUUUUCACACGAACACCGAGUUGACAGCAUCAUCGUGGACCAUAUCCAGCAACAAAAGAAUGGUGAGCCGCUGUCGCUUCAGCAACUUGCUCCAUUCAUGCAGCUCACUGACCAUUGGUUUCGGGAAAGAGGUUUUUCCCCAUGCUGGAGCGUGGCUCCAGGCCAAUCAUUUCGCCUCAACCUUCUACAGUCAUUGGUGGAAGUUACACAAGAUCCGGACCUGACCUUGCGAGCAGCUUUGAAGCAAAGAAUGCCCACCGGAGUCCUACAGCCGCUGGAGCCUUCUGGCCUGUGGCCAAGGAAAACGCAUGCUGAGCAGACCACUGAACCUUCGAUGCUCCAUCACACCAAUUGGCAAGGUGCUGACGAGGAACCGGACGUGACACAAUCCCUGAUUGAUGCUGAAAUCGCCAACGGUUGGGUACAGGAACUCCACGGGGGCUUGGAGGAAGCCAGACGACGGUGGCAGCACAUUCAUUGCCGUCGGCAAGCUCAACGGUCAAGGAGUAGGGGUUGGUUCUGUUUCAAUUCAAUCAACCGCACAUACUUUUACACAGUGGCGCACUUCGGAGCACGUUUCAGUGCUUGGUGGUGGCAGAGAAUGGCGGCCUUGAUCUUGCGACUACUGCACCAUUUUCUGCAUUCAGGACACCGUGGCUGGAUAUAUGUGGACGACAUCUUGCUGCUCUUCCGCAGAACAUCUUUUACGAAGCAAGUGACUUUGGCCGUUCUUUUUCUGCUCCUCAUCAACUCGCCCAUACCCUGGCAAAAAGCCCGGCUUGGUGACUGUGUCACCUGGACAGGCUGGGAUUUCAAUUUUCGUUUGGAUACAGUGCAGUUGACGGCUUCCAAAGCCACAAAGCUUCUAGACUUGCUGCAGGACGUGUUGGCCACGAAGCAGGCGAAGGCGAAAGCAUUGGAGACGACUUUGGACAUGUUGAUCUGGUUCACUUCCUUCUGGGCCGAGUUCCUUUCUGUUUUGAAUGGCGCGGCUGUAGUCAUGUCGGCUUCGCCCUCCUUGGCUCUACCUUUGGGUGGUCGCAUGGUGCAAUAUUCACACAUUCCUAUCCAUUCUAAGAAUGACCUGCCGCGAGUGCUCACCAAAUCUCACCUGCAAUGGCUGCGGGUUCAAGACCUUCGAGCAAGCUCUGUAACACUGACCAAAGAUGCGCUUAGCCGCCUCGGAUGGUUUUAUGCUUUGGUGUCCCGACCGCACCAUAUUUUCAGCUUGCAUUUGCCAACACCUUUGGUGAUCAAAGCUGCAGCUGAUGCUUAUGUGCACGAUGAAAGUCUGGGAAUUGGCGGGUGGAUUAUUGCGCCCAAGCAUAUUGUCUGGUUCAGCGAGCAAUUUUCUAUGUCUCAGCUUAAAGGGUUCCUGCCGCAGCUCACCAAGCACCCGCAGAAAUACAUCUGUGCAUUUGAAAUCUUGGCCCAGGUGGCACUGGUGAUGGCUGCCUGCCAGCAGGCUGCGCUGCGACACUUGGCAGUCACUUUGCCAUCAGCGUCAGAUAACACAGCUGCUGAAGCUGGGAUCAACAAGUCUUUGACCACCCGAUGGCCUGCAUCCGUGUUCCUCCAAAUGCUGGGCAACAUCGCUUUCCAACACCAGGUGCAUCUGUCAGUUUCCCACAUACCAGGUCCACGCAAUGACUGGGCAGACGACCUAGUCGCAACCGCAUACAAAAAUUGCUGCAUUAUCCAUGUUUCAGGGUGUCUCUUGAGGAUUUCUUCAACAUUGGUCGACGAAUCCAUUUCUAUCCACCGAAAGACUGGCCAGCUCAUUUUCUGA